GAGUCUCGUUAACCCCUUUCUGUUAAUUGUGGCAGUUUGCGCGAGUGAGUGUUGGCACAUGUAAAACGGUGGCGGACCUAUGGCAGAUUUUAAUAAGUCGGAAGUUAACCAGAAGUCAUCAGCGACGUCAACCAUUACAAUGUACCGAAGCGCCGAACAUGUGGUAGAGGAGUCCAAGACCUGCGGCAAGAUAUUAACGGUACUAUCAUGGGUAAUCGUCGUCUUAACGAUGCCUUUCUCUCUGAUGGUCUGCUUUAAGGUAGUGCAAGAGUACGAGAGAGCAGUCAUAUUCCGAUUGGGACGGUUGUUAUCCGGAGGAGCUAAGGGUCCAGGCAUAUUCUUCAUCCUUCCUUGCAUUGAUGCGUACGCAAGGGUCGAUCUUCGCACUCGUACUUAUGAUAUUCCGCCCCAAGAGGUUUUAACAAAGGACAGCGUGACUGUAUCCGUCGACGCCGUGGUAUAUUAUCGCGUUUCAAACGCAACGGUUUCAAUUGCGAACGUUGAAAACGCUCAUCAUUCCACUCGACUUCUCGCACAAACCACUCUACGAAAUAUAAUGGGACAAAGACCUCUUCACGAGAUUCUCAGCGAACGCGAAAGUAUCUCCCAACACAUGAAAGCUCUGCUAGAUGAGGCGACCGAAUCGUGGGGCAUCAACGUGGAACGGGUUGAGAUAAAGGACGUCCGUCUCCCGGUUCAGCUGCAGAGAGCUAUGGCCGCCGAGGCGGAGGCCGCACGCGAGGCACGUGCUAAAGUUAUUGCCGCCGAAGGAGAACAGAAAGCUUCGAGAGCGUUGCGCGAGGCGUCCGAGGUCAUUGGGGAUUCGCCCGCCGCCUUGCAGUUGAGAUAUCUCCAGACGCUCAACACCAUAUCAAGCGAGAAGAACUCAACAAUUGUAUUCCCACUACCUAUUGACAUACUGUCAUACUUCAUGCGUGCCAAAGAGGCGGUCUAAUGAAGACUUCCCAUUUCAAAUGACCAACGAACCGUCUGGGAAUCUAAGUUGUUUAAAAUUAAAAAAAAAUUGUGGCCAAUCGAGCACCGAUUUUAAAUGUUUAUACACAUCUGCGCACUAACGGAAUAUUAAAUUAUAGACACGUAUAACCACUUUACGAAAUCAAUAUGUAUAUAGUAAGUAUACAGCAGUAUCACUACAAAUAUUGAUUUUUUUUGUUUUCCUCCUACUAAUAUUGUCUCGUGUCUUUCUAAUGCGAUACUGAUGUAUAUUUUAUUGAAUUUCGUGAUACUUUUAAGAGAUUUUUGUAUUCUUGUACCUAAGUAGUUCAAAAGUAAUUCGCAUGAAUAGAAUGGGAGAUAAGCUGAAAAGUGCGUUGGAAUUCAUGAUUCGGUAAAGUUUUCCAAUAAACUUUUUUAUCGUCAAUUAGUUUAUUUUUUUUAAUUUUGUACUUCUAUUUUACUUUAUGCUGUGUUAUUUUGUUUUACUUAUUUAUUUUAUUUGCUUUUCUGUUGCCGAAUGAUCAAUUCCAUUCACUUAUCUCUGUUUUGCUCAAGAACGGCAACUUUUACAUUUUGUGUAGUUAAUAAAUUUAAUAUAUAACUUUAAGAAAGAUAUUUGUAUUUGAUAAUCACUAUAGGUGUAGUAAUGAAUUUUUAAAUGUAAUAUUACCAAAAUUGUGUGAGUGUGCCUGUUGGAAGCAUUUCCACAAAUACCAUUCAAAUGGUCUUAUCUACCCUAUUUUUAAAUAAAUAGGCUGUGCAUUAAAUAAAUGACCGUCAAAUAUACUGUGUUAAAUAAUCAAACGUUUAGGAUUUAGUCUAAAUGUCAAAAAUCGUUUUUAGGAGAAUUGCUCGAACAAAAUUUGUGAAACGAAAUUUCUUGAGUACAUUAACCUUCAACCGUCCUACAAUUUGAGAAGAUAAAACAAAAGGGGGUAGUUUUGAAAGUAAUGUAUUCGAAAAUUUUAUUUCACAAUCUGUCCCCAAAGACAAUUUUUUUUCCACAGUACACCUUGCUCAAAUACUUGUAUGUUUACACCAACUAGGGGCACAUCAUAAGGGUUAUUAACAACUAGCAAAAUUAAGAAAAUCUACUCAAACAUGUCGCGGGGGUACCGUACCGGAGCACUGGUCUUGCUUAGGGAAAUUAUAAAAUGUAGGCGAAAACAGAGUGAAUCGAUAACAAUGAGGGCACCAAAUUUUUUAGGGUAGUAGUAAGGGUAGUUUUGGAACAAAAUCAAUUGGUGAAUUCACCAUUUACUUCUGAUACAUUGUGAUCUGUUGAUGAGUUACUUUCCUAGCUCUUUUGUAAGACCUGCGACAUGUAUCCAAUCCGACCCCAUCUUCAGUAACUUAAGAAUGUUCAAAUUGCCACCAGAAGUUAACUCCUUUGACGUAGAGCGCAAUGCUUUUCAUUGGAGCACGAGGUGAAGGAUCGGGUUAGGUCUUAGAAUGCGGAAGACAUCUUGAUCUGCUACACGUAAUUCACGGUACACAGUUUCUAACUAUUGGUAGUGUAUUGCCAAGUGUUUUAUACAUUUUUAUAAUGUCAUAAAUGUACUGAUUUAGUGUUAAAUAUCUACCAUAAUUGUAACGGUACUCAAAUACAUGUCAUAUGAAGGAAGUACAAACCCGUUGUCUGUAAGCGAACCAGUUCACAAGACUGGUUAAAAGUCUAAAACUAAACUGUAAAUAUAACUCAAAGCAUACACACAUCUCUGUACAGGCCGCUAUCACGUUUUAUGCAGGAGUUUGGUUAUAAUAUCUGUAGAUUAUAAUGCUAGAAAUUAAUUAGAUUGGCGUAGUUUGCACUAAUUUGCUACCUUGCUUUUUUUGCUAAAGUAGAGCACGGUGCUGAGUGUUGUAGUAUUGUAAGGGAAAGAAUUGUAAUUCGUAAUUUAAUUGCGCAGACACUUAAUACAAUUUCUGCGGAGAAGAACUCAACCAUCGUGUUCCCGCUGCCUAUCGAUUUGCUGACUUACUUCAUGCAAUCCAAGGGGGCCUAAUCACUACUCAAGUCAGAGUUAUGUACAAUGUCAAGAUGCAUCUUCGGAGCUUAUCACUGAUUUGAACCUAGUAUAAGUGAUAUUUUCGCACUAUGGUUUUACCAACUAAGUACUUACACUUUAAUGCAAUUUUUACUCUAGUAAUUCAAACUUUAUAUAAGUGUUUAUGAAAUAAAGUUUAAUACGUGUU